CGGAAGCGGAAGUGCUGAAAUCGCCAUAUUGAUAGUGAUACAGCACUGAGCUUUAUGCCAGCUCUCACUUUCAUUUUGUGGUGUUAGUUUGUCUAUAGAAGAUGUAUAUGUCGGCUGCCCCUCAAGCCUACGCUCCGGCCGGCGGUAAAAUGGAGUAUCAUUACACCGGCCCAGUCCAACAUCGAUUCAGCCCUUACACGUUCAACGGAGGUACAGUGCUGGCUCUUGCAGGUGAUGAUUUUGCUCUUGUUGCCUCGGACACAAGACUGAGUGAGGGAUACUCCAUUCACAGCAGGGAUACACCAAAGUGCUACAAAUUAACUGACAAAACUGUUAUUGGAUGCAGUGGAUUCCAUGGGGACUGCCUUACACUUACAAAAAUAAUUGAAGCUAGGCUAAAAAUGUACAAGCAUUCAAACAACAAGACGAUGACUAGUGGAGCCAUUGCAGCAAUGCUGUCAACCAUUCUUUACUCGCGACGCUUUUUUCCUUAUUACGUAUAUAAUAUAAUUGGGGGCCUUGAUGAAGACGGUAAAGGAGCAGUCUACAGUUUUGACCCUGUUGGAUCAUACCAGAGAGAUACCUAUAAAGCGGGUGGGUCUGCAAGUGCUAUGCUCCAACCCCUACUUGAUAACCAGAUUGGGUACAAGAAUAUGCAGAAUGUGGAACAGCUACCAUUAACAUUGGAGAAGGCGAUACAGCUGGUCAAAGAUGUCUUCAUAUCAGCAGCUGAGAGAGAUGUAUACACAGGAGAUGCUCUUAAAAUAAGUAUUGUUACCAAGGAUGGCAUAAAAGAAGAGACAAUGUCUCUGAGGAAAGAUUAGUUGAUAACUGAUGUAAUUAAAGUAACAACUCAUUUUAUAUAUAUUUUUAAGUACAUACAGAUAAUUGGUAAAUAAACAUCAUUGGAGGAUUUUUUUUUUUGUUUGACCUUUUGUGUAAUUAGUGCUCAGUGGGCAUACAGCACUUUUUGUUAUGUUGGCCUGUCUCAUAAUUAAAACACUGUAUUGGAACAAAGAA